UUUGAUAUCAUAUCAUUCCCUAUUCUAAAUUGUUUCUAACAUGAAAGUCAUGGCGAUAGUUCCGAGUAGGAGUAUAACCGCUUCACCACAGUUACAAGGUAGUUACACUGGCACUUCUCUGGCAACUAGAGCUGACACGAGCGCUGGAAGUGGCCAAAUACAAUUGUGGCAAUUUCUUCUUGAGCUUCUUUCGGAUGCUAAGAACUCACAUUUUAUCACAUGGGAAGGAACAAACGGAGAAUUUAAGUUGAUUGAUCCAGAUGAAGUAGCGAGACGUUGGGGCGAAAGAAAGAACAAGCCAAACAUGAACUAUGACAAACUUAGCCGUGCAUUACGUUACUACUACGACAAAAACAUCAUGUCAAAAAUCCAUGGAAAACGAUAUGCCUAUAAAUUUGAUUUCCAUGGGCUCGCUCAGCUUAAUCAACCCAUUACGUCCGACGCUCAAGCGCAUGCUCAGGCUGUUUACAAAUUUCCCGGCGCAGAUUUUUAUCCUGGUUUUGCUGGGGCAGGUUUUUAUCCCGGAGCUGCUAGUCCUGGCCAAUAUUGGUCAAGCCAAUACUGGGCAAGAGCACCAACUUCGCAAGGCCAGCAUAUGUAUGGUGGACCUAUAAGAGCAUUACCUUACUACCCGUAAAACUAGAAAUUCAUUCCAACGGAAACUUCAGUGAUUUUGUUCAGCCCAUUUUCUUACAUUGAUUCUGGCUAUUUAUGAACGCUAACGAGCGCAAAUGAAUUUAUUUUGUAUUGAAAUCUUUAUAUUUGUAAAUAAUUCACCGUCAUCCGCAAAAUGGUUUAUGUUACCCAUUCAUUUUGUAUGUAAGGACGAAUGUCAUCCUUAGCUACCAUUGCUGAUCAAGUUCAAGGCACCAAGCAAGUAUGAGCAAGCAAGAUUUUAUACCAGUCUUUAGAUGGUUAUAUGUACAGUAAAUAGUUAGUGCAAGUACUAUUUAUUUUAUCAGAAUGUAUAAUGAAGAACAAAGAAAUGCAUAUUUUUCUA